AUGCCGCAGAAUAAUUACAUAGAAGAGCACAUCAAGAAAUACGGACGACCGAUAAAUUUUGAAAUUAAGAAGGAAAAACGAAUGGAAAGACAAAGCAAGAUCAAAGUGCGUCUGGCGAAGGAAUUGAGAGGUGUAAAAGCAAAGAUAUUCGCAAAGAAACAAAGAACGAUCAAGUCGCAGAAGAGAAAGGAUGUGCUGGCACAGAAUGUCAAAGAAAAGAAAAUAGAAAAUGACUUGGGCGGUCCCUUGCCAUUGCUGCUGAUGGACAGAGGAACGGUAGCGAGAGGAAAGGAGCUUUCACACAAGAUCAAAGAAAAGAGAAAGGAGGCAGCUGCAAAAUACUCGGUACCCAUUCCACGGAUAGGCGGGUUGUCAGAGGUGGAAACUUUUAACGUGGUUACCACGGGAAAGAAAAGAGGGAAGCACUGGAAGCGCAUGGUGGUUAAACCGUGCUUUGUGGGUGAUAACUUUAUACGAAAAACACCUAAGUAUGAGAGAUUUAUCCGACCAAUGGCACUUCGGUUCAAAAAGGCGCAUGUGACGCAUCCAGAGUUGAAAACAACAUUUUGUUUGCCGAUAUUAGGCCUUAAGACAAAUCCCCAUUCGCAUUUGUACACAUCUCUCGGUGUUUUGACCAAAGGAACUAUUAUUGAAGUUAAUGUUAGCGAACUUGGAAUUGUUGAGCAGAAUGGACGAGUUGUGUGGGGUAAGUACGCACAGGUCACGAAUAACCCUGAAUAUGAUGGUUGUGUAAACGCAAUACUGCUUAGCUAAUACGAGUAUAAAGACCUUCAA